AGGCGGGGUCAGAACCAAGGAAAGGAAAUCCGAAGGAAACGUGUGGAGAGCUCUGCUGUGUUGUUCGGGAUUUAACGAAUUCACCGAAUAGUACCGCGCUUCGGGAGCGUUCCUCCGAACACAAGCCGCCCGUGACGGGCCGCCAGAGAGGGGCUGAGUCGGGGUGAGUCGGCGACAUGUCGCUCCAGUACGAGGAGGAGCCGCUGGCGGAGCACUACGGCUACGGGCCGCCCGACUCCUUCCCCAAAGACUUCGGCUACGGAGAGGAGGAGGAGGAGGAGGCCGAAGACCUCCCGGCCCCGGCCGACAGCAAGCCCCGCAUCUUGCUCAUGGGGCUUCGGCGCAGCGGGAAGUCCUCCAUACAGAAGGUGGUCUUCCACAAGAUGUCCCCUAACGAGACCCUGUUCCUGGAGAGUACCAACAAGAUCUACAAGGACGACAUCUCCAGCAGCUCCUUCGUCAACUUCCAGAUCUGGGACUUCCCCGGCCAGGUGGACUUCUUCGACCCCACCUUCGACUACGAGAUGAUCUUCAGAGGGACCGGCGCGCUCAUCUUCGUCAUCGACGCUCAGGAUGACUACGUGGAGGCUCUUGGCCGCCUGCACCUCACGGUGACGCGGGCUUACCGGGUCAACCCCGACAUCAACUUCGAGGUGUUCAUCCACAAGGUGGACGGGCUGUCGGACGACCACAAGAUCGAGACCCAGCGGGACAUCCACCAGCGGGCCAACGACGACCUGGUGGACGCCAGCCUGGAGAAGCUGCACCUCAGCUUCUACUUGACCAGUAUCUACGACCACUCCAUCUUCGAGGCGUUCAGCAAGGUGGUGCAGAAGCUCAUCCCCCAGCUUCCCACGCUGGAGAACCUGCUCAACAUCUUCAUCUCUAACUCGGGGAUCGAGAAGGCCUUCCUGUUUGACGUGGUCAGUAAGAUCUACAUCGCCACCGACAGCUCCCCGGUGGACAUGCAGUCCUACGAGCUCUGCUGUGACAUGAUCGACGUGGUCAUCGAUGUGUCCUGCAUCUACGGGCUGAAGGAGGAUGGCAGCGGCAGUGCGUACGAUAAGGAGUCCAUGGCCAUCAUCAAGCUGAACAACACCACGGUGCUCUACCUCAAGGAGGUCACCAAGUUCCUGGCGCUCGUCUGCAUCCUGCGAGAAGAGAGCUUCGAGCGCAAAGGCCUCAUCGACUACAACUUCCACUGCUUCCGGAAGGCCAUCCACGAGGUGUUCGAGGUGGGCGUGGCCGCGCAGCGCUCCUCGGCCCCUCCCCCGGCCACCGCCCCCUGCAGCAAGACCGUCGCUCUCAACGGCACGCCGCGCAACACUGUCUAGACCCCGCCCCCGCAGCCCCCCCACGCCGCCCACAGCCCCCCUCAGGGACCAGACGGAGCAGGACUGGGACGGAGACCCAAACAAAGCCCUGUGUACUCUGGGGGGGGGCCCCUGUACUCUGGGGGGGGGGGCCCUGUCCGGGCUCCGGGGGCGCGGGCGGGUGGACUGGGGGGCCCGGCGCCUGGGGGUCAGCAGUGGGUCAGCGAUGGCCGAUCUGACCGUGCUGGGGGUCGGGGAGGGUCAGGGUUUUUUUGGGGGGGGGGGGGGGCGACAUGGAGCAAGACGGACAUCCAGAGACGGCGUGCCGACGGUAACCGGGGCGCUGGGGGAGCCGCCAUUAGCUGCUGCUGCUGCUGGGACCUUUAAUAGCGGAUAUGCUAACAUGCUAGUGUGGCGUGCUGUUCUCAGGAGGGCGGGGGGGGGGGGGGGGGGGGGGGCCUGCAUGGGGACCACGGCCCCCUGAACACUGCCUGACCUCAGGGGGGCUGCUCACAGGGAAAAGGGAGUGUGUGUGUGUGUGUGUGUGUGUGUGUGUGUGUGUGUGUGUGUGUGUGUGUGUGUGUGUGUGUGUGUGUGUGUGUGUGUGUGUGUGUGUGUGUGUGUGUGUGUGUGUGCACUGUUCAGUCCAGUCCAUGGGUCCUACUGUUUAUGAAAAUGAGCGCUGCAUCAUGAUGUUGCCAUGGUGACAUCCCAUCAUAUUCCCACUCUAUUAUAACUAAAACAUCACUUUUAUAGAUCUAUAUCUAUAGAUCUAUAGUUAACCUCAUUCCACUUUCUGAAACAGCGAACAAUAAAGGCUGAAGGUGAUAACAUC